GACCCCAUGUCACCACCAAGCCCUCAGCUGCUGGUGGCAGCUGCACAGCAGACCUUGGGCGUGGGAAAGAGACGGAGCCCACCCCGAGCCAUCUGCCUUAACCUGGCAGGAGAGGUGUUGGCUGUGGCUUGUGGACUGAAACCCGCUCUUCUCUAUGAUUGUAAUGGUGCAGGGGCUUCCCAGAUUCAGAACUAUCUGGAGGAGCUGCAGAGGCUGGGCUUUUUGACCCUGGAACUUCACAUCCUUGAACUUGGGGAAAACAGCUUGAUUGUCAGUCCUGAACAUGCUUGUCGGCACUUGCAGCAAGUGCUGCUUGGUGCCAUUGCCUUUGUGGAUGUCUCCAGCUCCUUGCCUCACCCUUCUAUUUGCUCCUUGGACCAGCUUCAGGACUUGAAGGGCCUUGUGGCUGAGAUUCUCAUGCAUUUGCAGGGGCUACAGAAGAACCUGUCCCUGACAGUCUCCCGCAGCAGGCUUCAUUACACAGGCUGGAAUUUCUGUACUGUGUUUGGAAUCCUCCUGGGCUAUCCUGUCCCUUAUACCUUUCAUCUGAACCAGGGAGGUGACAAUUGCUUAGCCCUGACUCCACUACGAGUGUUCACUGUUCAGGUCUCGUGGCUUCUGGGUCAACCUCCAGUCCAGCUCUAUUCUUUUAGUGUCCCAGAGAGUUUGUUCCCUGCCCUGAGGGACAGUGUAAACACCUGGGAGGAGGCCCUCAGAACUCAAUGUAGGAUUCAGAGUGACUUUACUGACCUCAGUAUUUCCUCUGAGGUAGUCACACUGCCUGCUGUGGCUCUCUGA